UGGAGAAAGAUACAGAGCAGGAGAGAUAGAGUGAGAUCAUUACUACCCCCGGGUUCUUUCUUUGGUGGGGACGAGGGGAGAGAUGUUCCUGAUGAAGAGUGUUCUGCUGUUGCUCUGGCUGACAUUGCUUCAGCUUGUGAUGUCCUGGGUGGCAUCGCUCCAGCUCGUAGUGUUUCUAGUGAUAUUUUCUCUCUCCUUACACAGGCAUAACUCAGGCGUUUUAUACUGCUCUUGGUUUAUUCAUUGCAGCUUCGUCUGGCUCACACCUUGGCCACAUUCCAGGGGAGACUUCCAGAAGGUCUUUCUGUGUGCCUGCAGAGAUUGGCACCAAGUAGCCUCUGCCCCUCUUUGCUGUCCAGUCUCCACCACACCCCGUGGGCAGUAGGUGGACAGAGAUGACAUUUCAGAGCUGUUGCUUCUCACUUGCAGCACUCUCUCAGAGGACAGGUAACUGGAUUUUGUUUCCGUUCCAAUGGUCUGUUGUAGCAGAAGGAAGCUGUGGCUGCCUGAGCCUGAGCCUCAACAUCUGGAAGAGUUGGGAGAUACCCUGGGUGCCUGUGAGGAUAAAGGGAUCUGAUACACAUCUUAGGGCAAUGUGUAAUGUCUCUGUAGGAGGUGUGAAAGGAAUUGGGAGUCUCAUCUGCCUGGAGACAGAAACUCUGCUGUCUUUCACAUGGCAGGGGAGUGAUGAUGCAGCAGAGGAGCAGAUAGAAGAGGAGCAGAGGACCAUGUCUUCAAAACAUGCUGUCAGCCAGCUGGAGGUGACCAAGAUCCGGGCAAUUAAAGCUGGCACGCUGGAGAAGCUUGUGGAAAACCUUUUGACAUCUUUUGGAGACCACGAUUUUGCCUACACAGACAUCUUCCUCUCAACAUACAAGGCAUUUACAUCCACUAAGAGAGUCCUGGAGCUUCUCCUUGACCGAAAGGAGAACCUGGAGACCCCAGCCUUCGAGGAGACAGAGAGCAAGAACUGCUCCGAGCACAAAGCUCUGCCUAGAACGGCUGUAGCAUCAGUGUUAAGUGCCUGGCUCAGUCAGUGCUCCGAGGACUUCUGAGAGCCUCCCAACUACCCUUCUCUCCUGAAGGUUCUGGACUACCUGAACAGGAACCUGCCUGGCUCUGACACAGAGAAGAAGGCCCAGAAACUCUUGGAAAAAUUCCAGAGUGAAGGAACAGAGAACAACUGUGAUGAAUUCCUUAAUACCAGCUGCCAUGUCCUGGAGGUCCAAUAUGAAGAAGAACUACAAUUUUCUUCUUUGCCUGAGGCCCUUGUAGCAGAACAGCUGACCUACAUGGACUCUAAAUUGUUCCAGAAAGUUGUUUCCCAGCAUUGUUUGGGGAGCAUUUGGUCACGCAGGGACAGGGAUGAAAACAAAGAGCUGGUGCUUAGCAUCAGAGCCACCAUCACUCAGUUCAACGCCGUUUGCAAUUGCGUUGUGAGCACCAUCGUGAAGAAUAAGGACCUAAAGACACAUCAGAGAGCCAGGAUCAUGGAGAGAUGGAUCCAUAUUGCCCAUGAGUGUCGUGCGCUGAAGAAUUUUUCUGCCCUGGGGGCUGUUGUUUCGGCACUGCAAUCCUGUGCUGUCUUUUGGCUCAAGAGUUCCCGGGCACGUGUUCCAAAAAAGGCAGUGCUGCUGUUAGAGGAGCUGGCCCAUAUCUUUGCAGACCGUAGCAAUUACUUGGCAGCUAAGGAGCUGGUGGCAAAGGGGACAGGGCAAGUCCUGGUACCUUACCUCGGUGCUUUCCUCACUGAUCUUGUCAUGCUCGACGCAGCUCUUGGCGGGCUGCUGAACUUCGAGAAGAGGCGCAGGGAGUUUGAGGUGAUUUCCCAAAUUAAGCUGCUUCAGUCUGCGUGUAAGAGCUAUUUCUUGACGCCCAACCACAAAUUCAUCCAGUGGUUCAGGAAGCAGGAGCACUUAACUGAGGAGGAGAGUUACCGCCUGUCACAGGAGAUUGAAGCAGCUGCUAAGAUCAGACCCGCACCAGCCAAACGUCAGCAGAGUGUGGUGGAGAGGCUCAGCCUGCUCCUGAUGGGCUCUGAGGCAGUCACCCACAGCAUGGCUGCCAAAGAACAUCCUGACUUCAGGCCUAAGGGAAGCUCUGGGGAGAGUGAUGACUCGGCCAGAAUCUCGGCAUCUGAGGUCAGUCAUUUUGAAGCUGAAGAGGCAGGUCUGCAGCACUCCCAGGGGCACUCUUUGGAUGAACUACACAAGCAGGGACCAACAGAAGGGAUUUGA